ACACCUGGUCAUUGUCGCAUAUUCUUAACAUUCUUGGAGUUUUUGUCCACUAUAGUUGGUUUAGUUGUAUAUGGACAGAUCAAUUAUCGUGAAAUACACAAGACUACACUCUAUUCAUUAGCUGUUUUUUGUCUUGCUAUAGAGGAUUUGAAUACCGAGGGAAGAAGCCUUGUAGGCUUUGUCUAUCUUAAUGCCAAAACAAGCUCAGCAAAGCGGAUAGAGCAAUACACAUGAAGGAUUUGGAGGGUCUGUGUUGUACAAAAUGGGCUUUUUUGUGAACAAAAGCGAGGGUCUCCCGCUCUUGCGCGGCAAGAUUCACCUCUAUCUCAUCUUUAUCGUUCCACUUUUGAUGCCGCUUUUUUACGAGCCUGACCUGGAGCGAGAAUACCUCACUGUAUAUAUGAUCUCAUUCAUUUGCUGUUUCUGCAAUUUUGCAGCCAGCGCUACGCUACAUUAUAGGAGCUGGAGUACUAAUGUUCUUUCUGUCCUCCGAAGAAUCGAUUAUGCAGGCAUCUUCCUCAUGAUUGGAGGCUCAGGGUUGCCAAGUGCCAUGGUAAUGAUGAACAAUGACUUUACUGUACUCUUGGUCCUCCUUCACUGGAUUGUUGUUCUCGUUGGCGCUAUUGGAUCUUUGGUGUUUGAUUUUUGUAAAACAUCAAAGCCGUUUAGAGUGUUUAUUUAUUGCAGCGUAUCGGGGCCUUACUUUCUCUUGUUGUACAGGCUUUAUCUCCGUGGCUGCUAUGUCGGAGUUUGGACAUCGCUCCUUGGAAUUUUGUCAUACGGUCUCGGUGGUCUAAUGUAUGCGUACCACUUCCCGGAGAUCGCACCUGGGAUUUUUGGAUAUCACGAAAUGUUUCACCUCUUUUGCGUUUUUGGUUUGGUUGGAACAUUCUCCACAAAUCUCAUCACAGUCAAGAAUCGUCACAUUUAUUCACUAGCAUAA